GGUCCUAAGUUCCGAGGUCCACGGCCAGUGCCGAUGACGGUCGCAUCCCCUGCCUCUGGACUUUCUCCUCUUCCAUCGUCCUUGUGAGUGAUUGACAGCACAUAUUCACCAUGGCUCCUCGAGAGGAGCUUAUUGCCUCUGCGGUGACCUUCUUACAGGAUCCUUCGGUGGCUUCAUCGCCUAUUGAGAAACGAGUCGCAUUCCUGCAAUCAAAAAAUCUCACGCAAGAGGAGGUUGAUCUCGCCUUAUCGCGAGUCGGCGAAGACCCGGCCGCCGCCGCCGCCGCCGCCGCUGGGACCGUAUCGGCGCCGUCUCAGGGCUACAACUCACAACAGGUUGCUUACCGACCACCUCCACAAUCGCCACAGGGUUAUGGUUAUCCUCCAUAUAAUCAAUGGCAGCCGCCUCCAGAGCCGCCCAAGAGAGACUGGCGGGACUGGUUUAUCAUGGCAACGGUGAUGGGUGGUGUGGGUUAUGGAUUGUAUUUCGUUGGCAAGCGCUACAUUGCUCCAUUGAUAGCCCCGCCGACUCCCCCUCAGUUGGAACAAGACAAGGAGAAUAUCGACGAGCAAUUUUCGCGUGCGUUUGAUUUGAUUGAUCAGCUUUCGACCGAUACCGCAGCCUUGAAGGCCGCAGAGGAUGCUCGCACUGAGCGUCUGGACUCGGCUCUGAAGGAUGUGGAGAAUCUGGUUACAGACCUGAAGAAUGCGUCGCGACGGAGAGAUGACGAGACUCGCCGGAUCAGCGAUGAGGUCAAGUCGUUGAAGGAUGCGAUCCCUAAGGCCUUGGAAGGGGCUCGGGAGGGCAAUGAGAACCGUCUGAAGGAGCUGGGUUCUGAGUUGAAGAGCUUGAAGGUCUUGCUGGGUAACCGACUGGGCGGCAGCGGCGCUGCUCCCACCGUUGGUCGUACCCUCAGCAGCUCUACAAUUACUCCUUCCGUGACUCCUCAGCCGGCCCCCGAGUCCAUCCCUGCUGCUAUCCCCGCCACCAAUGGCCUACAGGCCACCGUGACCCCAGCUGAGCAGGAGCCGCAGCCCGCUGCUGCUGCGCCCGCACCCGCGCCUACUCCCGCGGCCGAUAGCCCUCUCGCCAAAUUAGGUCGCUCUGCCUCCAUCCCGGCCUGGCAGAUGGCUGCUUCUGGUCGAUCCAAGGGCUCUUCUCAGUCGGCCCCUGCCCCGGCGGGUGAUAAGCCCGCUGGCUCGAGCAGUGAGCAGAGUGCCCCUCCCAGCUAAGUCCAGGACUAAGCCUGAACUGAAAUUGUAUACCUCUUCGGUUAGAUGUAUUUACUACUACAGACUCUUAUUAUCAUUCUGGCUUGAACAGUAUUUAAACAUUUUCUUUUUUCUAAGAGUUCCUAUACCUUUCGUAGUUGUGAUAAAUACAACAAGCCU